AUGCAAACUCAUGCCUUCGAGGUCAAGGCGGUGGAGUUGGCACAGAAAUUUCAGCAGGUCGGAUGCCUGAGCGACAUUGAUGAAGCCAUCAAGAUUAUGGAAUACGCAAUCAGCAAAGCAGAUGAUGUUAUGAUGCCUCACAUGUUGGAUCACCUUGGAGCAAUGCUUGGCAUGCGGUUCGAUCAGACACGAUCUAUGUGCGAUUUGAAUCGAGCCAUCAGUAUUGCUACCAUUGCCGUUAAUCUAACAGCACACGAUGAUCUAAGUCGCCCUCAACAUCUCCUCAACCUUGGACAUUCGCUGGGCAGGCGCGAAGUAGGAUGA